UUGGAGAAUGUCAGUCAGUUCCUCCCUCCAGCAGAGCACCAGGACGCACGGAGCCGAGCCCGACGACAGCGCCGAGGAGGAGGAAUGGGAGAUCGGCGUCGGGGAUCUGAUCAUUGACCUGGACGCGGAUUUGGAGAAGGAUCGACAGACAUCGGAGAUGAAUCGCGUUUUGAGCGUUAAAAGCGCGGUCGAAGGUCGCGACGAGCGAUAUAAAUGCGCGACUGGUCGUGCAUUCGACGGCCUAAAAUCACGAGCAGCCGUUCCUCUGCAAGAAACCAAGAAAUUCAAGCUGAAACGGAGGAAUUCUAAUAAUGAUCGGUUUGCAUCGGUGGAGAUUGUGAGCGGAAUUCCUAAAGUAUGCGUCGGUAGCGGGAAACGCGGAGGCUAAGGACGCGAGAUAAUGAGUUCAGCACCGUCGCCGAAGGACAGCAGCCCGAAGCGGCACGGGCCCGCGAGACCUAAAGACGGGAAGAAAGGGCAAAAACAAGGCAGUUCGAAGAGAGAAAGAAUUCGACUAAAACACGAAAGGAGAAGGCCGAGCGAUGAGUUCGGCGGGUUCGGGGGACCGUCGGCGGAGAAACGUGGAGGUGUAUUCGGUGGGUUCGGAGGGUCUGGUCGGAAGGGGGCCGGAAUGGACGCGGCGGCUAUUGUUGACAACGCGGAGGAGCCAGCCUUGAGGACGCUUGGUGUAAAGACACGGUCAGUCGGAACGAAUACACAGGAAUCGGAGAAAGCUCUGGAGUCCAGCUACAUGGAGCCCUGUCAGCCGGGAACCAGCGUCAAUCUAGAGGGUAUUGUGUGGCAUGAGACAGAGGAAGGAGUUCUGGUUGUGAACGUCACAUGGAGGAAACGGACCUACGUAGGCACGCUUUUGGACUGUACCAAGCACGACUGGGCUCCACCACGGUUUUGUGAAUCGCCAGUGAGUGACUCCGAAAUGCCUUGUGCGCGUGGACGUGGUAAACGGAUGCGACUGGCCAUUCCAGAUCAACCCAAUGUUGACCCAAGUCUCUCUAAGAUACGAGGAUUAACCCACAAGAGGCGCGGCGUGGGAAUCGGCAACAAAGGCAGACGAGGGAGCCUGAACCUCAGUGGCUGCAGAACUCCGGGAUACUACGCUGUAGAGGACAUCAAAUCCAAUCCACUUAUAUGUGGAAAGAGAAAAAGCAAAGCCCCUGCCGAUCUGGAUUUAAGCUUGGUCUCAGAGGACAUUAGAAACGGGAAUGGGAAAAGGAUACGAGCCAAAUCUAGGAGUGCUCCUUCCACACCUCAAGGUAAAUCUGACCCGGUGUUUCUUGAUCAAGUGUGUGCAUCUCCAAUGCUAAUAGACUGUCCACAUCCGAACUGCAACAAAAAGUACAAACACAUAAAUGGACUCCGUUACCACCAAUCACAUGCUCAUCUGAACAACGACAGCAAACAAGAGUUUGAGGUGGAGAGUGAGGACAGACUUUCAGAUUUUGAUGAAACGAUCAACUCUGUACCUUUUGAAUCCUCCGAGAACAUUGUGUCUAAGAAGCCUAGAGGCAUGUGUAAACUCAAUGCAGUCAGUUCUCCGAAGAGCAGGAAAGCACUGAUUAGCAAUGAUAGCAGUUCUGUAGCCAAUGCAAAACUACGGCAGAAUGUGGCAAAUAAAGAUGCAUCCAUAGAUGAUCUAAGCAACCUCCCGCUCAUUUCCAACAUGUCUGUUGUCCUUGAGAACUGCCUCAUGACGGAUCGUAACACAUCCGUGGAAAUGCCCAAACUUGAAGCUGAAGGUGCGAUUGAUAAAAGAGACAUCUGUAGCAAAAUUAAAAAGGAAAGUGGGUUUGCUGAGAGAUGUUCAGGAAAGUCUAGAAAUAACAGACUUGUCAAUGCUGCUCCUGCUCCUCCGAAGCUAACCGUUAUCCCACCGGCUGCGUUUUCAACUAAAACAACUGAAGUUUCUUCUCAUCAGGCGACUCCAACUGUUUCCCUCACAAAAGCCAAGAACCUCUCGCUGAAACCCAUUAAGCCAAAGCUAGAUGUAAUUGCACAAGUCAACAUGUCCAACACUACCGUAGUGCUGAGCAAAGACAGUAAGAGGAAAGAAAAGCACAGAUUAAAGGACAGAAAUGGCAAAGAUCCACGGAGUCCCAAAAGUGAUCCAAUAUACCAAAAAAUGGAGGAUACAAAAAGCAUCAGUAAGGAAUUUCCGGUGAGCCUCUUGAAGGAGCACUUGAGCAAGCAAGAUGUUCUGAAUGGUCCAAGUGAAACUCAAGAAAGCCGCAUGGCGAGUAUCCGAGCUGAAGCUGACAAGGUGUACACGUUUUCAGACAAUGCCCCGAGUCCAUCAAUCGGCAGUUCUGCAAGAAUAGACUGCGGCACUCUUACUAACGGAGAUGGAGCGACUACUAAAACAAACAGCCCUGCAUACUCCGACAUAUCCGAUGCCACAGAGGACGGUGGAUCAAACUCGAGAUCUAGACGGAACUCAACACAAGAAUCAAAUGGCAAUCCCAAAAUACCAUCAAUAAGCACUGCACCAACAGUGAACCCAGGUAAAGACAUCCAAUCUCAUGGUCAUGCCUACGAAUCUCAUUGCGUACCCGGAUUCAUGCACUCAAGCCAAGCCAGUUCCACUCCGUUCCACAAGGUGGCUUCACCUUACAGUCGAACAAAGGAUGAGUUGAGAGAUUUAGAUGAGGAUAUGAAAAGCCCAGAAUCUUCUAGCCAGCUUCAGUACGCUGAAACACACACCGCGCUGGCUCAAUCCUUGUACUAUGGACAGUACAGUCGCAAUGUCGCCAUGGACCAGAAGAUGUUGAUGAUGCCUGGCUCCCACAGACCGCUCACUGAAGCGUGCUGCGAGGAAAUGCAGUAUAGUAAACAAAGCCGAGGUCAAGUUAGACGCGGAUCUGAGCAAAAAGACCGAACAAAGGAAGAGCAAAAGCAAUUUAUAAGCUCUCCUCAGGCGAGUCAUAAGGCGGCGAACUCUGUUAAGAUUAACUGUGCGAAACCUGGCUUCAUCUAUGUGGAGUUGGACAAGCAGAUGUCGUUUCAGCAACAGGGGCGGCCAAAAGAGCAAGCAUCCCUCAAGGAAUCUGAAGACCUCAGUUUGGAGAGUUCAAACUCAAAAUCAAAUGUGGACACAAAUGUAACAUUUCUGAAUGCUUCAGAAUCUCAGUCCUGGAGCCACUCUUAUCAGUCCAAAUAUGUGAAGCAGCAAAAUCACGAGGUCAACAAGAUCUCUGAGGAAUUGAGUCUCAGUCCAGAAAAGGGGAAAGACUGGCACAUAGAGCCCGAGUCCCGGCUGGAGGCUGAACUAAAGUGUGAGACGAUUGCUGACGGUCCCGAAGAAAGCACCCGGCCGGAAGGAGACGAAACAUCAGGCGAGACGUCUGAAGACUCCACACGAACUGCAGCAGCAUCACCUCAGCCAUCUUUCCUCCAGUUUCAACACUCUUAUCCAUAUUUACACCUGUGCGAGACGGGCAGCAAUGCAUACAGAGUGAUGUCUCCAGCUCUGGUGCACAAUUACCCAGGUUUCCAUUACCCUUUGUAUGGAAAAACAGCAGGGAGGGAGGAUUCGGAAGGGGCUCAAAGCAGUAAACCGGUGACAGAUUCGACAGCAUUAGAGCUUCUGUCACAUCCACUCCUGCCUUAUCAUGGCAAAUCUCCUGUUCCUGGAGAAAGAGGAUCUCCAGAACAGGAGCGCGAGUCUGAGCGGGAGAGAGAAUCGGCUCCAUUCAGCCGACACCUUCAGGCACAUCACCUGACGCACCUGGGCAUGAGCUACACACUGGUGUCUGGACAAUACGACCCCUUCCAAGGUUUGAGUUCUGCGGCACUGGUUGGAAACCAGCAAGUGACGACAACACAGACCUGCUCCAGUGAAAAUGACGGGAAGAUGUGAGAUGCUUCACAAGGAUUCACAGACAUCAAUUCCAUGGUGUUUCUCAUCGCCUCCAUAUGGAGGCAGCGACUAAUUUCAUUUUAAACCAAUGAAUGUACUUAUCGAGGAAGACCAAUCAGAAAGAAGCCUGAUGAUAAACAUUUGGUCCCUGUAAAUCGUUGGAUUUUGCCUGUAAAUGGCUACAUCUAGCUGUUUGUAUGCACUUAUAUCGUUGUGUAACCAUACUAUUGAAUGUAUUUGCUAUUUCAUCACCUCUGUGGUAAAGGACGGUUUGCAAUAGAUUAUAAGUGACUGUAAAGUGGCUCGCUCUGACUUAUUAACAUGAAUACACUGUUAUUAACAGCCAUUAAUCUAUUGUAUCGUAUAAAGUGGAUGUUAAUCGACAGUUCAUCUCAGUGCCAUACUGUAUUAUCGUGAUGUAUAUAGUUGUACAUACUUUAACGAAGCUCACUGGCGACUAUAAUUAGCUUAUGUACCUUUGUAUUGACUCAGUGCAAUGUAUGGUUGUCUACCACUUCACCGACAUGGCAGACGUAGCCCUUCGUUACUUCAGUAGUAAUGCAUAAUUAAAUAUGUUUACAAGUGGUGUUCUGGACAGAGGUCAGUGGUGUCGGUCGGUCGAGUUGCGUCAUUAGGUUUUUUUCUUGAUGUCUGCUAUAUCAUCAAUCUGCAAUUGCUUUUUAUACUGUCUCUGCCUUAACAUGUUUGGCAAUCCAAAUAAAAA